AUGAAGACCACACUGAAUAUGCCCCAAAGUGAAUUUAGAAAAUAUAAAGAAUCUGGAUCGGAACAGAGGCAUACGGAGCUGUUCCAGGAUCCCAAGGGGAAAACCGCAAGCCAUGAGGAUUUUACCCAUCCUCAGCAAAGAGACUCUGAUCUACAAAAUCUCGGUGACAACUCGACAUCUUCAUUAAGCAUAGAUAAAGCAGAUGCUGGAUCAGAUGGCAAAAACUUCAGUUUGGAGGCAGCACAGGCCGCCGGAGGAUAUACUAACAAAGUGGGAUCUAUGACUCAUGACGGUGGAACGCCAGAAGCAACUCUCUCUUAUGACGCAUUUCCUGGUGCCACGGCGAAGUUACUUGAGAACUUGCAGAUAGGCAUGAAAAAGUUGGAUACUGCUCCACGGUAUCUACUAUUGCUACAUAUCGUCUCGGCUGGGAAACAAGAAGAGAAUCUGGGAUCUGAUGAGAUGUCUGUCAUUAUGAUAACUGGAAAACUCCACGAUCUUCAAGAUCCAGAUGUAAGUUUUACUUUGUUUAUUCAAUAA